GAGGAUCAAUCAUUUACUAUUCUUUAUUUGGAAGUGGGAUUAGGUUGCAGUGGCCAGUGGGAUUAAUUAUUUUUAUGAAUAGAUUUUCGUGAUAUCAGCAUUGCUGAUAUUGUAAACUUGUCAAAAAACAAGAACUGGGGAGGAAGAGCAGCUAGUAUCCAGCAGCAGGGACAAUGGAGGAUCAGCAGCAGCAGCCGCAGCAGCAACAGGCACUCCAUUCUCCUCCUCAUGUACUCAUAUUCCCCCUACCCUUCCAGGGGCCUGUUAACUCCAUGCUGAAGCUAGCAGAGCUUCUAUGCCUAUCCGGACUCCACGUCACCUUCCUGGUCACCAACCACAUCCGCGGUCGUCUCCUCCGUUUCACCAACAUCCAAUACCAUUUCAGUCGCUAUCCCGGAUUCCAUUUGGACUCCAUCUCCGAUGGCCUUCCCGAAGACCACCCUCGAUUGGGUGACCAAUUCAUGGAGAUGUUCAAUGCUUUCCAAGCUGUUACCAAGCCUCUUUUUCGACAGAUGCUUCUGCUCCCAGCUUCCGCGAUUGCUCCUCGUCCUCCCGUCACUUUCAUUAUAGCAGAUGGAAUCUUGAGUUUUACCAUUGAUGUUGCUAAAGAGAUUGGUCUUCCCAUCGUUUGCUGCCGUACUAUCAGCCCUUGUUCUCUCUGGCUUUUCUUCUGCCUUCCCAUCCUCCUUCAAUCUGGAGAAUUUCCUUUCCAAGAAAAUGAGUUGGAUGUGCUGAUAACGAGCGUGCCGGGCAUGGAAGGUGUUCUCCGGCGUCGAGAUCUUCCGAGCUUCUGUCGGAGCGGCGACCCGGAUGACCCAAGCAUCCGACUCUUCAUGACGGAGAGACAUCAAGUCCCUCGAGCUGACGGCCUCAUACUCAACACAUUUGAAGACCUGGAAGGACCCUUGCUCUCUCAGAUACGCACUCUCUGCCCAAAUCUCUACAACAUCGGACCACUCCACGCCCACCUCAAAGCCCGACUGGCAGCCGACACAACCCCCGUAUCCUCCUUCUCCUCAAGCAGCUUCCGGCCAGAAGAUCGAACCUGCUUAACCUGGUUGGACGAGCAGCCGCCAAAAUCGGUGGUCUACGUUAGCUUCGGAAGCCUUGUGACAAUAACAGAGGAGCAGCUGGUGGAGUUCUGGGUCGGCCUGGUCAACAGCGGGAAGCGCUUCUUAUGGGUCAUACGGCCGGACUCCAUGGCCGGAAAAGAGUGGGAGAGUCAGAUUGCGACGGAGCUCCGGGAGGAGGCCAAGAAGAGAGGGUACGUAGUGGGUUGGGCACCGCAAGAAGAGGUCCUGGGACACCCAUCUGUUGGGGCAUUUCUGACUCACAGUGGAUGGAACUCGACACUGGAGAGUGUGUUCGAGGGAGUGCCUAUGAUUUGUUGGCCAUAUUUUGUGGAUCAACAGAUCAAUAGUAGGUUUGUUGGGGAGGUUUGGAAGCUUGGGUUGGACAUGAAGGACACCUGCGAUAGAGUCAUUGUUGAGAAGAUGGUCAACGACGUGAUGGACGUCAGGAAGGAGGAGUUUGCGAGGUCGGCCGAUCGGAUGGCUAAUUUGGCCAGACAAUCUGUGAGCAAAGGUGGAUUCUCCUCUGUUAAUUUGGACCGUUUGAUUGAGGAUAUAAGAUCUAUGAGCUGCCAAUCGUAAGCGUCCCACAGCUUAACAAGGGUUGGUUUCAGAUGGGAGUCGAUUUUUUAGUUUUUUUAUUUUUUUGAUUUGAGGUUAAAAAAUCUCGUUUGUAAUAAGUUUUUUAAUUUUUGUAAGAAAAAAAUAAAAUGAUUAUAAUUUAGA